UCUCUCUCUCUCUCUCUCUCUCUCUCAUCACGCUACCUCGUUCCUCGAUUCUGAAAAAAAAAAAAAAAAGCUUUUGGGAAUCGAUCCAACAAAUUCCAAAACCCUACGGAGACCUAUUCUUUGUGUUAAUUUGCUUUGCAGCAUAGAUUGAAUUGGGCGGCGCAAGAAGGGAAGAAUUAAAAUGGGGUGCUAAGAUUUGGAUUUGUUCUUCUUCUGAAGCCUACUUUAUUAUUAUUGUUGUUUUUUAGGGUUUCGUAGUUGUGGAUCAACUUACUUUUGGAUGCAUGCAGUUAGAGGAAUCAAGCGAGGUUUGAAUGUAAAAUCUCAUGAGAAUGAGAAUUGGACUGAGCUAUUUGCUCAUGUGGAGCUCAUCUACUACAGUGGGAUAGCAAAAAGUUUCAAUUUGGAGUUACUUAAAUCGAUGCUCUGAGAGAAGGGGAAAUUUUGUUGUAUAAUGAAUGAAAGGAGCUGUAAUUUGGGAUAGUUCCAGGCUUUAUGUUCUUGUCUACUAGAUGCACUAUUUUUAUAAGGUUGGGAGUUCAUGGUGUUAUUUUUCGACGAUUAUUGAUUGAUUCGGUGAAAUUUCCAUGUUGUUUCACAAGUACGAAAAAUGGCAUCAAUUAGAAGAAAUACAGCAAUAUUGCAGAGAGACGUAGUGGCGCAAAAUGGGGAAGAAUGUGUGGAUAAUUCGCCUUCGCCCAAGUUGCCUCAUUCUCGGACCCACUUGGCUUUGAGAGGGUUAAUGAAUUCAGUAUUAGGUUCUGUAGAUUCUGUUCCGGUUUUGUGUAGACUAAAAGCUGCCUGUGCUGGUAUAUUGUUUCAAAGACAUUCUCGGACGUCAGAGAGGUCAAGAUCGAAAGGAAUAAGCUGGAAAAGGAUUUCUUUCCAUCUUUUUAUCUUCUUUACGAUCGGGAGUUUCAUGGCUUUUACACCAUUCUUUUCAAUUGAUGUCUCUACAAAUUUUACAGCUGAACACGAGCGGUUCCCUUUUGAGCAGGAUAUGCCAGCUGAAAGUAUUCCGAGGAGAUCACAUGAAGUGAAAAAGAAUGGUUUUAUGUUUGAUAUACCCAAAUUAGAGGACCGAUCUAGUGCUACAAUAUGGGAUGUAGGAAAUGAAUCUUUUGAUGCCUCGUACACUGUGCCUCCCUUUAACGACUUUGACUUUGUUGCCAGAAAGCUCCUUAUUAUUGUGACACCCACAUAUAAUCGGCCUUUCCAAGCAUAUUAUCUGAAUCGUCUUGCUCAUACACUGAGAGCUGUACCACCUCCUGUUCUCUGGAUAGUUGUGGAGAUGCCCUCACCGUCCAUUGAAACAGAAAAAAUGUUGAGAGCGACUGGUGUCAUGUAUAGACAUCUCGUUUGCCGGCAUAACAUCACGAGCCCAAGAAAGAGUGUUUCUUGCCAAAGAAAUAUCGCACUUUAUCACAUUGAGAAGCACCGUCUCGAUGGUAUAGUAUACUUUGCCGAUGAUGAUCAAAUUUAUUCGGUCGACCUCUUUGAAGAAAUGCGGAAAAUCAGGCGCUUUGGCACAUGGCCAAUUGCAGUGCUCAGUAAAGCUAGAAAGAGAGUAUUACUACAAGGUCCUCUUUGCAAUGGGAGCCAAGUUAUAGGAUGGCACAGUAAUCAAAGGAGUAGGGUUCCUCGUAGAUUCCACAUUGGCUUGUCGGGUUUUGCAUUUAAUAGCACCAUUCUUUGGGAUCCCAAGAGAUGGCGGCGCCCCACUUUCGAGAACAUCAGAAUACACAGCGCCGGAAAGGAGGGUUCUCAAGAUAGCAAGUUUGUCGAGCAACUGGUUGAGGACGAGAGCCAAAUGCAAGGUUUAGCAGACAACUGCUCUAGGAUUAUGGUUUGGCAUCUAAAUCUGGAAGCUCCUCAACUUAACUAUCCAGUAGGAUGGUUGAUGCAGAAGAACUUAGAAGUUGUUCUACCUCUAGCACAAUAGUCAUGGAGUCUCCCCCCUAAAUGCCGCCUUCAACUUGCUUCUUCCGAUCGUAUGACGAAAUAUCUCCUCCUCUCUCUACAUGAGAUUUAUGAUAGAUUUGUUACCGCGCAUUGCUUCAAAUGGAGAUUUUCUCAAGAUGGUUAGAGGAAGCAACUGAUUCUUAUUUCAUCGGCGGGUUAUGUGUGGCGCUGAGAGGCGUAUUUGCCGACACAGUUAUUGUAUAAUAUUCUUUGUUUCAGUUUUUAUUGUUAUUAUUAUUAUUUUUUUAGACUCCAAAUGUCGUCUUCAAUUCUCUCUGUUUCUUUGUAUUCUUCCUGUAAACGAAAGCAUUCUCGUGCAGUUUCUAUGUUCUUAAAUCGUUUUUUGGUGACAUUCACAAGCCUUUUGGGUUAUUUUGGUGAAGCUGUAUCUCCUGUGCAUAAAAAAAUUGAAUUCGUUGCUCCUGUUUGGA